AUGACGAACGGGAACGGCGGCGCCGGCGGCACCCGUGGGAAGGCCAUCAAAUGCAAAGCGGCGGUGGCGUGGGGUCCCGGAGUGCUGCUGUCGCUGGAGGAGGUGGAGGUGGCGCCGCCUGGGCCUCUGGAGGUCCGCGUCAAGGUGCUCUUCACCUCCAUCUGCCACACCGACCUCAGCGCCUGGAAGGGAGAGAACGAGGUGCACCGCAAGUACCCUCGCAUCUUGGGCCAUGAGGCAGCCGGAUGCGUAAUUUUAAUCCUCUUCUCCACUCAUGCUCUUCGGUUUUUUUUUUUUGGCUCUUUAGCCGCCCCCUCUCCGUCCACACAUGACGUGAGUUCAGAAACUGAGCUUUGCCGGAGUUUUGAGUCCUACAGUUGA